AGAAGAGGUGAUGAACCCAAGUGCUGAAUUAUACAUUAAGUUGCACGGUUGCUCAAAAAGCUGAUGGCUCAACCAGGGGGCCGUGAUCUAUCAUCAGAAGCCGAGAAGAUGAGCAAUAUCCUGAGCCUAGUGAAUACAUUCAAAGCCUUUGACUCGGACAAUGACGGGUCGAUUACUGCAGCAGAGCUUGGUGGAAUUUUGAGCUCCCUUGGUCACAAAGCCAGUGAAGAAGAUGUGAGCGCAAUGGUGCAGCAGGCUGAUAAAGACAAGGAUGGGCUGCUAAGCUUGGAGGAGUUUUUGGAGAUGAACACCAAAGAUAUGGAACUUGGUAGCCUUCGGAUCUUCCUUACAUCGGCUCUAGGAUCUAUGGAUGCUGAUGAGGAUGAGAUUUUGACGGGAGAGGAGCUCCAUGAAAUGGCUGAAAAUUUGGGGUUUCCUGUCACUCUAGCAGAUUGUCAAAAUAUGAUUGCUGCCUUGGAUGAAAAUGGAGAUGGAGCUGUGAGCUUUGAGGAAUUUCAACUGCUAGUCAACUCCCUCUUCGAUUAAUCUUAUCAACAACCAUUUACUACCCAUAAACUAUAAGUGGCUUAUCCAAAUGCUAAUUAUAUGUGAAACAAUAAGCAUAUAGUAGUUUGUCUUCUCAAAAUCCUCUAUGUUUUUGUGUGUAAUACAUGUCUUCAAGUGAAUAUUAAAGUAUCAAGAAUCUCCUAUGAUAAA